CAGAACUACUUUUGAAAGUAAUGGAGCUGCUCGUGAAGGAGAGAAGUUGAUGCUAAACUAAUAAUAAUGUAUAAAACUUCCUGACAGAAAACUCUUAUUAUUAUAGACUUCAUUAAGACUCAAGUUACACUUCAGACACUGAUUAUAAUUUACACUGACAUUGUUCAUUAAAGUGUGAAGGAAAAAUGGAGCCAGGGUUAGAAAUGUCUGCAAUGAUUCCUGCUCUACAGGAGCUAGUCAGUGCCACUUCAGAGGAGUAUGAUGGAGCUGUACAGAAACCCAGACAGAUUCUGUGUCAGUUUAUUGACCGCAUCCUGACUGAUGUAGACGUUGUGGCGUUAGAACUGUGUAAGAAGAGCAGCUCAGAACCGGCCUGCGUCAUGCUCCUGGACUUCAUCCAGCACAUCAUUAAAUCCUCCUCACUGAUGUUUAUAAACCCUGCGUGUCAGACGGAGGCGUACAGAGACGUACAGAGCGACUGCUGCGAUUUCAGUAUGUGGAUCAUCACGCGUGUGUUGCGCAUUGCUGCGGCUCCGGAAUGCGGAAUUCUGCGGCCUAAAAUCGUCUCCGUUCUCUGUUCCUUGCUCCACCUUUUCCGAGCGAAAAGUCCGGUGGUGUUCGGAGUGUUGGUCAGAGAGCUGAUUGGUUUACUGCAGGAUCUCACACACACCAUCUGCAGGUCGUCAGACACACAGCAGGUGCAGUGGCCCGUGUCACCACGGCGUUUCUGCAUUAGUGCACGUCACCGUGCUGCGUAUCUCACACCGUCUGUCCUCCAGCUCGCUUCCCCUGUUGGGUCUCAGGCGCUAUUGUCCACCACGCUCGCUGUCCUCAUCGACGUCCUGCAGGGCGUCUUCUUUUCCCGGGAACUCUCUCUCUCUGUAGCUGUGGAGGUUCGAGCUCGCUGCACGUUCCUCCUCUCUCUUCUCCCUCAGCAGAUGAGUGCAGACUGGCGUGUGACUGUGUAUCAGUGUGCACUACAGAGUGAGAAUGAGACGGAGCACCUCAGUGCAGUUAGAGGACUUCCUCUGCUCAUCCAUCAGCUUGGAACUAAACCAUACAACCUCCUGAACACCACACUCAAGUCUAGACUGCAGGUCUUUUCCCCAUGUGUCAGGACAGCGAUGGCGUCUCUCGGGUCUCAGUUACUGUGUUGUCUGAGUGGAGCGUCUCAGCUCUGUGUGCUCCCUGAGGAUUUGUGUUCUCCCCCAGAGUUCCUCUGUUCUCGCGUCACUCUGUCUGACUCUCACUCCGUGCGUCUGUCCUCUGCCGGGGCGUCUGUCCUAACGCCGUUCCUCACCCUGCUCAGACCCAGUGAGGAGCCUGAGGUCAAACGAGCAUUUAUAGAGAGCAUCAGCCACGUGUGUAAGCACAUAGAUGUGAGCAGCAGUGACUCUGACACCAAGUCGCUCCUCCUGGCCCUGGUUACUCUGAUUGAGGAUCCACAUCAGGACGUUCGAUUGUCCUUCAGCCGGAACAUCAGGAGUUUGCUGGAGCACUGGAAGGGAGACGCUUUCCUCAAAGAACUGCUUGUGUCCCGGCUGAAGGAGGCUUUUACAAAUGCGAAGACUUCCAGAAACAAUGACCUGAAACACACACUUAUUCUCACAACAGGGGAGAUUGGCAGGGCGGCCGAAGGCAGUCUGGUCUCCUUCUCUCUUCUGCGUCUGCUCCACUGUUUACUCUCUAAAUCCUCUCAGGUGUCUGUUGUGGCUCACACAGAGAUUCAGGCUCUCGCUUCAGUCAGGAACCUCAAACUGCAGAGCUUCUUUAAUCAGUACAGGAACCCUGUGUGUCAGUUCCUAGUGGAGGCAUUACACUCCCGCCACAUGAUGGCACUACGCUGUACCCCUGAUCAGAGCAGUGAGGCUCUACAGGAGGAGGCGGCGCACCAGAGAGAACUCGCCCUCGACAUCCUCUCACAUGUAGCUCACGCCUUCGACUUCCCCGACCUCAACCGCUUCCUUAACCGCACACUGCAGGUUCUUCUCCCGUACCUGGCAGCGAAAGCGAGCCCCACGGCCUCAUCCCUGAUUCGCACCAUUGCUAAGCAGCUCAAUGUUAACCGCAGAGAAAUCCUUAUCAACAACUUCAAGUACAUCUUCUCUCAUCUCGUGUGUUCCUGCACCAAGGACGAGCUGGAGAGAGCUUUACAUUAUCUGAAGAGUGAGACAGAGAUUGAGUUGGGCAGUUUACUGAGACAGGACUUUCAGGGCCUCCACAAUGAACUGUUGCUGCGUCUGGGAGAAAAUUACCAGCAGGUCUUUAAUGGACUUUCCAUCCUCGCCUCGUUCGCCUCUGGUGAAGAUCCGUAUCAGGGGCCAAGAGACAUCACCUCUCCUGAGAUAAUGGCUGAUUAUCUGCAGCCGAAGCUCCUGGGCAUCCUGGCGUUCUUCAACAUGCAGCUGCUGAGCUCCAGUGCUGGCGAGAAGGAGAAGAAGAACAUGGCUCUGAACAGUUUAAUGGCUCUGAUGAAGCUGAUGGGUUCCAAACACAUCAGUUCAGUGAGGGUGAAGAUGAUGACGACUCUCAGAACCGGUCUGAGAUAUAAAGAGGAUUUCCCACAGCUCUGCUGCCGGACGUGGGAUCGUUUCGUCCGUACGCUCGACCCUUCGUAUUUGGGGCCGUUAUUGAGUCACGUGAUCGUCGCUCUCCUGCCGCUCAUCUCCAUCCAGCCUAAAGAGACGGCCGUGAUUAUGCACUACCUCAUUGUAGAGAACAGACAGGAAGUGGAGGACUUUCUGCAUGAGAUCUACUUUCUUCCAGACCACCCUGAGCUGAAGGACAUCCAUAAGGUUCUACAAGACUACAGGAAGCAAACAUCAAAGAGCUCUGAUCUCCAGGCGGCGCUGCAGCUCUCCAUGCGUGCAGUUCAGCACGAAAAUGUUGACGUGCGCAUUCACGCCCUCACCAGCCUGAAGGAGAUGCUGUACAAAAACCAGGCAGCAGUGUUGCGCUUGAUAUUGGACAGUGAGUUGGUGGAACCGGUUCUGUCAGAGCUGGUGACGGUUCUGUUGUUGGGGUGUCAGGAUGUGAACGCUGAGGCACGUCUGCUGUGUGGCGAGUGUUUGGGGGAACUGGGGGCAAUAGACCCUGGACGCCUCAACCUGAACACCACACACACACAGCGCAGCGGGGCCAGCUUCACUAGUGGGAUCGAUGAUCCGGACUUUGCUUUCGGCUUGUUGACAGAAUUGACCAGAACGUUUCUGGCGUACGCCGACAAUGUGCGAGCUCAGGAUGCUGCGGCCUACGGCAUGCAGGAACUGCUGUCUAUAUUUGAGUGUCGUGAGGGAAGGACUGACUCACCUGGUCGCAGGCUGUGGAGGAGAUUUCCAGAACAAGUUCAAGAGAUUCUAGAGCCACAUCUGAACAGCAGGUAUAAAAGCUCCCAGAAGCUGGUGAACUGGUCCAGACUGACAAAGCCCAUCUACCUGAGUGACCGAGGGAGUAAGUUCUCCGACUGGUCUGCUACGUGGGCUGGAUAUCUCAUCAGCAAGGUGCGUCACGAUCUUGCCAGUAAAGUGUUUAGCUGCUGCAGCUUCAUCAUUAAACACGAUUACAGAGUGACCCUGUAUCUGCUGCCCCACAUCCUGCUGUAUGUGCUGCUGAGCUCCACACCUGAGGAACAGCAGGAGGUGGUGUUAGAGAUCAUGGCCGUGCUGAAGGAGGAUGAGCCGCGGCUGCAGGAGAACGCCUCGAGUCUGGCUCAGCUGAGCACACAGACUGUGUUCUCUAUGUUAGACCAUCUGACCCAGUGGGGGCGCUACAGGCUCCAAACACUCAGCACAGCUAAGAGCUCUAGCCGACAGAACCGAGACACACAGAACCUUCAUGCCAGCGAGAACAGUGAAUAUCAGUGUGUGGUCUCCUUUCUGAACCGGAUUCCUCAGGAUGUUCUUGCUAAAGCAUCGUUCCGUUCUAAAGCUUACACACGAGCUGUUAUGCACUUUGAGGCCUUCAUCAGGGAGAAACAACAGAACAUUCAGGAUCACCUGAGCUUCCUGCAGGCCCUGUAUGCAGCCAUGCAUGAGCCGGAUGGUGUGAGAGGAGUGAAUGCUCUGAGAACAGAGGAACCUUCACUGAGAGAACAGAUUCUUGAACAUGAGAGCAUUGGCCUGCUGAGGGAGUCUACAGCCUGCUAUGACAGAGCCAUACAGUUAGAACCUGACCAGAUUGUACAUUAUCAUGGUGUGAUGAGCUCCAUGCUGGGACUCGGGCAGCUCUCCACAGUGAUGACGCAGGUUAAUGGGGUUCUGGCGAACAGACCACGGUGGAAGUCUGACCUGAACGCAUAUCGUGUUGAGGCGGCGUGGAAGCUCUCAAAGUGGGAUUUAGUGGAGGAUUAUUUGGCCUCAGAUGAGAAAUCAAACACAUGGGGUGUGAGACUGGGACAGAUGUUGCUCUCGGCUAAGAAACACGACUUGGAGCAUUUUUAUGAGAAGCUGAAGGUGGCACGGAGGGAGCAGGUGGUUCCUCUUUCAGCUGCCAGCUUCGAGUGUGGAACCUACCAAAGAGGAUACGAGUACAUUGUCAGACUUCACAUGCUCAGUGAGUUAGAACACGCGUUCACUGAGCUGCAGAAGGAAAGUGAAGGGUCCAAGGCGAGUGAGCUGAUGCUGAAUUGGGACGAUCGCCUGAUCAUGACCCAGAAUUCCUUCAGAGCUAAAGAGCCAAUCCUGGCUCUCCGUCGGGCGCUUCUCAGCCUCAGCAAGGGGUGUGUGUGUGAGGAGCAGGUGGGUCAGUGUUGGCUGCAGAGUGCGAGAGUGGCACGUCGAGCCGGUCAUCACCAGACGGCUUUUAAUGCCCUGCUGAAUGCAGAAAACUCUCGCCUGUCUGAACUGUUUGUGGAGAAAGCCAAGUGGCUCUGGUCCAAGGGUGAUGUGCAUCAGGCUCUCAUUGUGCUACAGAAGGGAGUAAAACAGUGUUUCCCUGAAGACCAUCAUCUCUCAGACCCUAAGAGGAUUCAGAUUAAAGGAGAAGCUCUUCUGCUGGUGGGUCGCUACAUGGAGGAGACGGCAAACUCUGAGAGCAACGCCAUCAUGAAGAUCUACAAGGAAGUCACUACGCUGUUACCUGAGUGGGAAGAUGGGAAUUUUUACUUGGCUAAGUAUUAUGACAAACUGAUGCCGAUGGUGACGGACAAUAAAAUGGAGAAGCAGGGCAACGUCAUCCGCUACAUCGUCACUUAUUUUGGAAAAGCUCUGCAGUUUGGGAAUCAGUACAUUUACCAGGCGAUGCCUCGAAUGCUCACGCUGUGGCUCGACUUUGGUGCGAAGGUUUACGAAGUGGAAAAAGUGGGCCGUUCUGAUCGCGCUCAGAUGAAGGCGGAUCUGAGUAAGAUAAACGGUGUGAUCAGCGAGCACACACUACACCUCUCUCCGUAUCAGUUCCUCACUGCGUUCUCACAGCUCAUCUCUCGAAUCUGUCACUCCAACGACGAGGUGUUCGCUGUGCUCAUGGACAUCAUCGCUAAAGUUUUCCUGGCGUAUCCGCAGCAGGCCAUGUGGAUGAUGACCGCGGUGUCCAAGUCGUCUUAUCCGACUCGAAUGAACAGAUGUAAGGAGAUUUUAAAGAAAGCCGUCAGUCUGAACGGUUCUUUUGGGAAAUUUAUUGGAGAUGCGAACAGACUGACAGACAAACUGGUGGAGCUCUGCAACAAACCGGUGGAUGGGAACAGCUCCACUCUCAGUAUCAGUGUGCACUUUAAGAUGUUGAAGCGUUUGGUCGAGGAGCCGAGUUUCAGUGAGAUCCUCAUCCCUCUGCAGUCGGUCCUCAUCCCCACACUGCCCUCCACCGGCGGUGCCAACACCAGCCAUGACGCCUUCCCAGGACACUGGGUUUAUUUAUCUGCGUUCGACGACUCCGUGGAAAUUUUGGCAUCGCUUCAGAAACCGAAGAAAAUCUCGCUCAAAGGUUCAGAUGGAAAAUGUUACACCAUGAUGUGCAAACCUAAAGAUGACCUGAGGAAAGACUGCAGACUGAUGGAGUUCAACUGCCUCAUUAAUAAAUGUCUGAGGAAAGACGCAGAGUCCAGACGCAGGGAUUUACACAUUCGGACGUAUGCCGUGAUUCCGUUAAACGAAGAGUGCGGCAUCGUGGAGUGGGUGAACAACACGGCCGGUCUUCGCCACAUCCUCACCAAACUGUACAAGGAGAAAGGGAUUUAUCUGACGGGGAAAGAGCUGCGGAAAAUGAUUUUACCCCAAACGGCAUCAUUUCAGGAGAAGCUGAAGCUACACAAGGACGUUCUGUGUGCUCGUCACCCGCCUGUGUUUCACGAGUGGUUUCGGAGAACGUUCCCUGAUCCAACUUCCUGGUACAACAGCAGGUCUGCAUACUGCCGCUCCACAGCGGUCAUGUCCAUGGUGGGUUACGUCCUGGGUCUGGGAGAUCGUCACGGGGAAAACAUCCUGUUUGACUCCCAAACCGGAGAGUGUGUUCACGUUGACUUCAACUGUCUCUUUAACAAGGGAGAGACCUUCGACGUUCCUGAGGUCGUACCGUUCCGGCUCACGCAGAACAUGGUGCACGCCAUGGGGCCAAUGGGAACCGAGGGGCUUUUCAGACAAGCCUGUGAGGUCACGCUGAGACUCAUGAGGGACCAGAGAGAGUCGCUCAUGAGUGUGUUGAAGACUUUCCUCCACGACCCUUUAGUGGAAUGGAGUAAACCAGUGAAGGGUCCUUCAAAAACGCAGGCCAACGAGUCCGGAGAAAUUGUCAAUGAGAAGGCUAAAACCCAUGUGCUGGACAUUGAUCAGCGUCUCCAGGGUGUGAUAAAGAACAGGAAUAAAGUGAUGGGACUGCCGCUGUCCAUCGAGGGUCACGUUCACUACCUCAUUCAGGAGGCCACAGACGAUAACCUGCUGUGUCUCAUGUACCUGGGCUGGGGUCCGUACCUCUGACUCGCCGUCCGAUUGUCUGACACUCAUUUAGUUUCUUGAUCAUUUUUACUGCUGCACUUUCUUGUUUUGGCUUUUUUUAUUUUUCUCUCUUUGUAAAAAUGUUGAUUUGUAUAAGAGAAUUUUUUUUUCUAGGUUAAAAAUACUUUAAAUGUGAACCAGCUUCAACACCUACAUGUGUUAUACAACACCCUGCUGGUAUUGUAAUUGGAUCGGAAGGAGUGAAAGGAAGUGAAAAUCGAACAUUUCACACAUGAUUAUUUACAGAAUCUUUCAUUAAACUGUAAUGAGAGAACAUUUGUGUGUGAACUUUUUGGUUUAAAGUUGUGUGUGAUGUCACUGAUGACGUAACUUUACCGUUCUGUGUUUAUUUACUGGUCAAAAUAAAUGUAAAUAAUUUAGUAUUUCUGUUUAUUUUCCUUCUGUAUGUUGUAUUUUAGUGCCACAGCCCGGUUGAAGUCCACAUCACUUUCUAUAUGUUCAUUUAUUUCAUUUUGUAACACAAAAUGUUGUCUGUCAUGUUGUCAAAUCAAUAAAGUAAGACAAUUUGCCACACCCUCAA